AUGGCAUUCAAAAACAUGAAGAACUUAUCUGGCAAGUCCCGGUUUGCGCGUCCCGUCAAGCCCAAGGUCCCCGGACCAGCACGAACGUUCCAUCCCGUCUUCAACGGCAAGAAAUUCCCCCAUAAGGCCCCGCUAUACAACACCUUCCCUCAUGUGGAACCCAAGCCUUGGGAGGCCAAAAAGAUGUCUCGAGACGACUACUACCGAGAGCUGGCCAGGAAGCGAAAGUUGGACGAGGAUCAGGCCAAGAACCGCCUUCUGAACUUGCAGAGAAAGCAGCAGCUGAUCCAGGAAAAGUAUCUCAACAACGACGAGUACGAUCUGAUCGAAGAAUCUGACAAGAAGAAGAAGAAUGCUACCAGCAAAUCCGAUGAUGAGUUUCUUACCCCCGAUUCUCUUACAGAGCUCGAUUAUAAACCCAAGAAGGUGUACAUUGUCAAGAAAGACAACCCUCGAGAGAAGGAAGGAGCGAUUUUCAGAAACAGACAGACAUAUGAUAAGCCCAAGCUUGACGAGCGAUUCUUCGGUCAGGACGUAUUGUACGGAACCCACGCCGUUGAGGCUUGUCUAACCAGUCACAAGCGUCGAAACCAAUGUCUGAAGCUGUUUGUUGGAGAAGGAAAGCUUGGCGAGCCUGUUGUCAAGAAGAUCAUGGAUAUGGCGCGAAAGCUGCGAAUCCCUACGGAGAAUGUGGACCGAAACACUCUCAAUCUGAUCACCAAGCAUGCUAUUCAUAACGGUGUUGCUCUGGUGACUAAACCUCUUGAGCUGGACGAGAUUCUUGAGCUCGAGCCCUUCACGAAGGCCAACAUUGGUCAGAGCAUCUUUGUCAAGACUAUGCGACAUGGUGUUGUGAUCUCCGAGCCUGCCAGCUACCUAUUUAGCGAAGAGGAGCGAAUGAACUCCCUCGAGGAGGUCGAGAAGACUGAGGAUGCCACUGAGGAGACUGCUGCUGAGGUUGCUGAGAUUGUGAAUGAUGCUUCUGAGGCUGCCAAGAAGAAGGACCCCGUCACUGAGAAUAUUUCCGAGGUGAAGCAGGAGAUGAAGGAGACAGUUGAUGAAGUCAAGCUGGCUGUUGAGAAGACCGCUGAGGAGGCUGAGGAGACUGUUUCUGAGGAGAACAAGCCUGAGCUUACUGCUAUCGCUACUGACAGUGAAGCUGAAGCUAUUGCUGAUGCUGAUUUUGUUACCCAGACUUCUGCCUCCUCUGAAUCUCCCAUUGAACAUGAAGAACUUGAGUCUGAAGAGAUUGACAUGUCUCCUAUCACUCCCACUUUCCAAGUGACUUCUUCCGUGGAGUCCCACCGUCCCAGACGAUUCCCUCUGGUUGUCUACCUUGAUCAGCUGAAUGAUACCCACAAUCUCGGCUCGAUUCUGCGAUCCUGUCAGUUCCUGGGUGCCGAUGCUGUUAUCGUGACCGCCAAGAACUGUGCUCCUUUGUCUCCUGCUGUGGCCAAGACUUCCUCUGGUGCUCUGGAAUACAUGCCCGUUUUUGAGAACAGCAAGACCCCCGCCCAUUUCUUCCAGAAGUGCAAGAAUAAUGGCUGGAACAUUGUCUGUGCCGCUGUUCCUACCGCCAGCGGAGCUGCCAAGUCCAAGGCUGAUAAACCUCUGUCUCUCCGACAGUGUGGCUCUUGGCUGGAUAACAAGCCCACCGUUCUCGUUCUUGGAGGAGAGCAUGGAGGUGUUCGACAGACGAUUCUCAACCAGGCUGACCACCACGUGAUUGUGCCUGCCAGCAACUCGUGGAUCAAAAACAACACCGUGGACUCGCUCAACGUGGGUGUGGCCGCUGGUAUUCUUAUUAACAGAUUCGUCGUAAUCUAA